AUGUCUGGAGCAAAGGCAGCGCUGAAGGCCAUUGGCGCCUCCAUAAAGGCUCAAAAAUACGAUGAUGCUAUUCAAGAGGCCCAAAAAUUGCUCGCAACAGACUCCAAAAAUUACCAAGCCACACUUUUCCUCGGAUUCGCCCUCAGCAAACAGAACAAGUACUCGGAGGCUGAGAAGGCAUACGAUGCCGCAACCAAGAUCAAGGAUUCCGACCCCCAGGCAUGGCAAGGGCUCAUACAAUUGUACGAGAAGCAAGGCAGCGAGGCCAUUGGUCGGUAUCAAAUGGCGGUCUUGAAGCUUGCAGCAAUACAUGAGACCAAGGACGACAAAUACAAAUGUCAAGAUGUAGUUGACAAAUUCCUCGGUUUCGCAAAGAACCAAGGCACACGGCUGCAGUACAAGAAGUCUCAAGAGGUCAUACUGCCUGAUUCCCCAAUAUACGGCUACCUAGAAGGACGAGUCCCACAUCCUGCGCAUACUUACCAGAUCAUGGCCACGAUCACAGAAGUCGAGGAAAGGGACCGCAUCAACAAGGAUAUUGGAGAGCGAAGAACUCGGCUUGGAGCGAAGAUCGGACAGGUCACACUGGAAGUCAAAAGGGAAGUCUUGAAAGACAGCGAUUUAGAAGACUUGUAUGAUAAGAUCAUUGAUUGGAGCAAUGACGAUGAAGUCCGACGCCAGUACGAAGAAAAGCUUCUUCAACGAUGUCUCGAAGCUCUUACUGUGCUUCCUCCAGGUCAAGAAAAGACUCAGAAACGUGGCAAGGUCAUGAAGUUGGCUAAUGACAUGGUAAUAAUUAAGCACCCUUACAAAACGGCAUGGGAUAUAGCACUGGAAUGGAAGGAUCCCCAGAGCAUUCAAGAUCUAGAUGCAAACAUUUUGCGCGAAUACUACUGGUUCUUCCCCGCCAGUGGGCUAGGACAAGUUCUGCGAGGGUUCAUGAGCUGUGAAAUAUCUCCGUUUCCAGCACCCCCACCGCCUCCGCAGCAAAGUCGAGCACAAGGAGCUGACACAGUGUCUGAUGAUAGCGAAGACGAUGAUGAUGGAGGUGGAGUCGCUCUUGAUAGUAGUGCAUUGAGCGCAGAUGAACGUCUACUUUUGAUGACGGACGGAAUAUCAGAAUCUGGGAAGUCCAUUUUAGCCCAUCGCCUAAUGGGAGAGUACUAUCAGUUUCUGGAAGAGUACGAAAGUGUGGUGGAUUUGAUGCGCAAUGGGCAAAGACUAAUUACAGAGGAAUCCAAUAAAACAGGUAUAAAGUUUGAUCAUUCUUCCGAGUCUUUUACCGCUCUCCUCGGCACAGCACUGGUCUUCUACCAGUCCCCCAAGAACCAUCCGGAGGCUAAGACAAUAUUUGAUAGGCUUCUAGCCCAAAAUCCAACUUCAACCCCUGCUUUGAUUGGUAUCGGGUUGAUUUACGAAGAAGAGGAGAACUAUCCCGCGGCUGUAGAUUUCCUCGGUCGUGCUCUCCGGAGGGAUGCCAGUAAUAUUCGUGUCAAGACUGAAGCUGCUUGGGUCAAAGCACUCAGUGGCGACUUUACCCAAGGAAAGGAGGAAUUGGAGGAUUGUCUGGCGAAGAUGGAUAGCAAAGAUGUUCGAUCCAAAGACCUAAUUGCUCUGACACAACAUCGAAUUGGCAUAUGCCUUUGGAAUAUUGAUCCUUCGAAAUCCGCGCGGAAAGACAGGGAUGGUGCUUAUUCGUAUUUUCUUGCAGCUCUAAAAAGCAACCUCAGUUUUGCCCCUGCCUACACCAGCUUAGGGAUUUUCUAUGCCGAUUAUUCAAAGGAUAAGAAGCGAGCUCGAAAGUGCUUCCAGAAGGCUUUCGAGCUUUCAGCUUCUGAAGUACACGCAGCAGAGCGAUUAGCCCGGAUAUUCGCUGAGCAAGGCGAAUGGGAGCUUGUCGAGGUUGUUGCCCAGCGCGUUGUAGGCUCGGGGAAGGUACGGCCCGCGCCAGGCUCGAAAAAGAAAGGCAUCAGUUGGCCAUUUGCCGCACUCGGGGUGGCAGAACUGAACAAGCAGGAUUAUGCCAAGAGCAUCGUCUCGUUUCAAUCCGCACUCCGCACCGCACCGAACGACUAUCAUUCUUGGGUCGGUCUCGGAGAGAGCUAUCAUAACUCUGGCCGUUACAUUGCGGCUACGAAAGCCUUCCAACAUGCAGAAAAGUUUGAGCUUGAAGUUGAGCAGCGGAACUCUGGCGAGACCUGGUUUGCGAAGCACAUGCUGGCAAAUGUCAAACGAGAACUGGGUGAUUAUGACGACGCAAUUGUAGGAUACAAGGCUGUGCGUGCGGAACGUCCUACAGAAUUCGGCGUAUCAAUUGCUCUCAUCCAAGCUCUUGUUGAUAGUGCUUGGGAUGGAAUCGACAAAGGUCUCUUUGGAUAUGCUGCUCAACGCGCUGUCGAGACUAUCGAUGCAGCUCUUGAGCUUGCUGAAAGUGGCGUGGAGGCUUUCAACCUGUGGAGAGCAGUUGGAGAUGCUUGCUCUAUCUUUUCAUGGGUGCAGAAUCGCUUGGAGGAUUAUCCUCCCCACAAGAUCAAGCGCUUGCUACAAUUACGAAAUCAGAGAGAAGCUUACGAGAUCUUUGCCGACGUAGACUUGGUCAGCGUGGGUGUUGUCUUUGCAGACGGACUUUUCCCCAAAGAUGAGCAAGAUGGGGUUAAUCUGACGAGAUGCCUGCAUGGGGCCAUUCUCGCGCAUAAAAGAGCAAUACAUGCGUCCGCUCACGAUAUCCACGCUCAAGCUGUUGCUUACUAUAAUCUAGGCUGGGCUGAGUAUCGAGCUCAUGUCUGCCUCAGCGAAGCUAUCAAGAGGAAGUCAACCUCAUACCAAAAAGCAGCUGUACGGUGCUUCAAGCGAGCGAUAGAGCUGGAAGCGGGCAAUUCCGAGUUUUGGAAUGCCCUGGGUGUUGUCACAAGUGCACUUAGUCCAAAGGUUGCACAGCACUCGUUCGUCAGAAGCCUCUUUUUGAAUGAGCGAAGUGCGCAAGCGUGGACGAAUCUUGGGACUCUUUACAUCUUGCAGAACGAUCUCAUGCUCGCAAAUGAAGCGUUCACUCGAGCUCAGUCAAGCGACCCUGAUUAUGCGCACGCCUGGAUCGGUCAAGGACUUUUGGCCCUGCUGAUAGGUGGUGACACUAAGGAGGCAAAUCUCCUCUUCACACAUGCGAUGGAAAUAUCCGAAUCUUCAUCUCUAAUCACCAAGAUGCAAUAUUCUCAAUCUACGUUUGACCAGAUUCUUGCGUCUGCAAAUGUCUUGAACAUUGUGGAUUUGGUGCAGCCAUUAUUUGCCCUCAAUCAGGUACAGUCCAUGGCACCUAAUGAUCUGAUGUACGGGCAUUUAUCCACUCUCUUCUUGGAGCGGAUCAAUGAUGUUUCUACCGCGGAGGCUUCGCUAUCAGAAAUUUGCUCCAUCGUUGAAGCUGAUUAUGAAGUCACUGAAUCACCUGCAUCGCUGUCUCGAUUUGCGCUAGCCAAAGCAGAUCUGGCUCGAUCACAAUUAUCGGCAGGUUCAUUUUCUGAGGCCAUAGACAGCGGUGAAAUGGCAUUGCAACUCAGCGCUGAAGAUGCUGGAAACGAGCUAUCGGCAGAAGCACGCCAGAAAUGCAGGCUAUCUGCACAUCUUACAGUCGGCUUGGCACACUACUAUGUUCAGCAACCAGAAACAGCAUUGGAGUACUUCCAGCCGGCUCUUGAGGAAUCGAACGGAAACCCCGAUGCGGUGUGUCUGUUGGCACAAGUUCUUUGGGCUAAGGGAGACGAUGAGGCUCGAGGAAAAGCAAGAGAUGUUCUCUUUGACUGUGUUGAAAGCCAUCCAGACCAUGUUCAAUCCGUAUUGCUUCUCGGCAUCAUCGCAAUACUAGACCAAGACACGGAAAGUCUGGAGGCUGUGUCCUCCACACUCCAGGAACUACGCACCACCGCUUCGAUCACGGACCGAGAACAAGCGCAAGUGAGCGAAAUCCUUCGUGCGAUUGCCGCUUUGUCCGGAACCGAUUACCAUCAAGCGAUGCUUGCUGAGAUUCAAACCGAUGUGUUUCUUCAUCCCAGCCAACCGCAUGGUUGGAGCCGCCUGGCUGAGCUGGGAGAAGAUGAGUAUGCUGCGGAUGUGGCGUUGAAGACGGCGAUUAAGGCUGUGCCACCGCAUGGAGAUCUGGAUGCUGGGGAAUUGGCAAAGGCGUUUGCUGGGACUGGAAAAGUUGGGGAUGCACAAAAGGCGGUUAUGCUUUCGCCUUGGGGUAAAGAUGGUUGGGAUGUAUUGGGUGGUGCUUUGGCUGCGAGGGAAUGGGAAAAGUGA